AUGGAAGAAGAUGCUCUCUUUGACGAGAGUGACCUGGAAAAGGUCAACUCGUUGGAAUUACCUGAAAAUCAGACGUGUUUGGUUUGUUUUGAUGAUUUGUCGAGGGAGAACACGGUCGCAUAUAAGCCUUUCAAGGACUCUGCCUGGUCCCUCUCAACAUUCUGUGUAGAAUGCAUAAAGCAGCUAAUUAAGAUACAGUAUCACAAAUACCUGCACAGUCUCGCCACCACGAACUGUGCCAAGGAACAAAGGGCGCUUCUGGAUAGGGGUCCCCCGAUUAAUGUGAGCGACAGCAUAGGCUUCCCAGAAGCAGAGAAGUCGGAAGUGUACUCGCUCUACGACUACGGGUCCGCGAAACCCCUCUCUCCUAAGCUGGAUGGAAGCUUGACUGGUCAGGCGAGAUUGGAUUUGUGGGCCGAGUUGAACAAGUUUAGAUUCAAAAACGACGUGGAAGAAUGA